GCUGCUACUCGGCAGAAGCAAGUCAGGUAACGUUGCAGACUUUAUAUUGAAUGAGCAGGUCCCACGAACAGCAAGUUUUACCCGACAAUGCCGACUUUGUGGACUGGAACGCUUGCUGUAGUGGUGUUUUUUGUGGGGGCAAUUGACAGAGGCUGUCUCACCCCCGUGCAGCCAGGCGAAUCGUGGGGGUACGUGGAUGUCCGAGAUGGGGCUCAUAUGUUUUGGUGGCUCUACUAUGCAAACAGCUCGUCCGCGAGCUACAAGGAGCUUCCUCUUGUGAUGUGGCUUCAGGGCGGCCCCGGAGGAUCCAGCUGUGGGUUUGGCAACUUUGAAGAAAUCGGACCUCUUGAUAGAGAUCUGAACCCAAGGAAAACCUCAUGGGUCCAGGCGUCCAGCGUGCUGUUUGUGGAUAACCCUGUGGGAACUGGGUACAGUUACACAGACACAGAGGAGGCCCUGACCAAGAACGUCACCAUGAUAGCCUCAGACAUGCUAGUCCUGCUCAAACACUUUUUCAGCCUGAAGAAAGAAUUUCAGACCAUCCCUUUUUACAUAUUCUCUGAGUCCUAUGGAGGGAAAAUGGCAGCAGCUAUCUCACUAGAACUCACAAAGGCUAUUGGACAGGGAGCUAUCAAAUGCAACUUUUCUGGCGUAGCGUUGGGAGACUCCUGGAUCUCUCCUAUAGAUUCAGUCAUGACCUGGGGCCCAUAUCUGUACAGCACGUCUCUGCUGGAUGACUAUGGGCUGAGAGAAGUGAACAGCGCCGCCAUGGCUGUGCAGCAGGCUGUGGACCAGGGCCAGUUUGAAAAAGCCACUGAACUCUGGUCUGUGACCGAGAGCGUGGUGGAGCAGAACACGAAUAACGUGAACUUCUACAACAUCCUGACUCAAGAAAACGAUGAACUGCUGAAGUCAGGCACAGAGCAGGGAUAUCUCGCUUUGUUGAAGCGGCACCACGUUCGGCCUCUGCACCGCCGGUCACUCUCAGAGCUGAUGAAUGGACCAAUCAGGAACAAGCUGCACGUCAUCCCGAAAAAUGUCGUAUGGGGAGGCCAAGCCGAGGCUGUGUUCUCCAGCAUGGCGGAAGAUUUUAUGCGGCCCGUGGUUGACAUUGUGGACCAGCUGCUGGCGGCAGGAGUCUAUGUCACAGUCUAUAACGGACAGCUGGACCUCAUCGUCGACACCAUAGGUCAGGAACAGUGGGUGAAACAGUUGAAGUGGCCAGGAAUCCAGUCCUUUAACCAGAUGAAGUGGACCGCCCUGGAAGACCCUAGUGCCGCGGGUCAAACCGGCGCAUUCUAUAAGACCUACAAGAACUUUGCUUUCUACUGGAUCCUCAAGGCCGGUCACAUGAUUCCGUCCGACCAGGGACCCAUGGCCCUGCGCAUGCUGAGGAUGGUGACGCGGCAGGACUGACGGAGCUGAGGGAGACGCCAGCUGGAAUGGCCCCUCAUUCACCCUAGGACAAUCAACGUCAUACAGAUUCACCAAAAUCACAUCUCCACCUCUGCCUCGAAAAAUGAAUUUACCUGAGUAAAAUGAAUUUACCGGUGUAAAAUGAAUUUACCUGUGUAAAAAAUAAAUGAUCUGAGAGUUUUUUUUAAUGAUGACCUCUGUGCUGUGCAAUGCUGAUUCUCCAAAGCACUGAAUCUGACCAGAUUUGGCCAAGGGAACAAUAAACCUU